AUGUCGGAUCUUCACUUGCUCCAGCGAUCACCUGGACAGAUUCUACAGCACCUGAGAGAGAAAGUUCCCUUGAUCCAGUGCCUGCAGACUCCUGUCUCCAUGGACAUCACGGCUAACGUGCUCUUGGCAGUGGGCUCGUCUCCGGCCAUGGUGUGCGCCGCAGAGGAAACGGCGGAAUUCAUGAAGAAGGCAGAUGCCGCGGCAGUCAACAUGGGCAGCCUUACUCCUGCAAGAGUGGUGGAGGUAGAGGCAGCCAUGAAGUUCGCACGGGAUCUUCGCAAGCCAUGGGUGCUGGACCCUGUCGCCUGUGGGAGUACGACCUUCAGGACAAACAACUGCGUCAGGGCGCUGGACUACAAGCCUACGGUGAUCCGAGGAAACGCCAGCGAGAUCCUCGCGCUGUCCAUGGCAUGCACAAAGAGUGAAGAGAGAAAGUCGUUCGGAAGAGGAGCUGACGCUACCGAUACCACGGAUGAGGCUUUACCUGCUGCGAUCGCACUGGCUCGGCGUCAGGAAUGUGUCGUUGCUAUCAGCGGAAGCGUUGAUCGCAUCACAGACGGGAAGAUCGUUGUCGAGGUUCACAAUGGAGAUGCUCUGAUGACGAAGAUCACGGGAGUUGGUUGCUCGCUCUCGGCUCUUGUGGCGUCUUGUGUGGCGAGCGAACCGUCCUGUGUGCUGGAAGCGACUUGCGCGGCCUUUGUCCUCCUCGGCGUUUCUGCUGAGGUUUGUCAUGCUCGAAAUCCUGGAGUUCUCAGGGUGAAGAUGAUAGAGAAUCUCUACGAAAUGGAAGCGCCUUACCUGGACAGAAACUCGAAGAUGAAAGUU